CGAGGCCGACUACAGCUAUGGUCUGGACUACAACCUGGUCUACGGCAAGGGACGUCUGCCGCGGUCGUACGUGUAAUAAGACAUUAGAUAUAUAUUUUCAAGAGCGAUGCAACAAAUAGCAGUUUAACAAACAAUCCGUAGUUUACGUAACAAGGAGAUUCACGCACGAGUCGAGUUCGUCAAUGAGGCGAGUGCGGAAAUCACCUCGCGCCCGUGUUGCGAAUACAAUGUUUUUGGUAGCCGUGAGCGAAACGCAGUUCGUCAAGAGAAGGAAUAAAAAUUAAACAUCAAAUAACUAGAAAUGCCUUACUUUUACAAAAGUAAAUGAAUUCUAGUUGGUGUCGUAUCACUAUUGUUUGUAAAUAAACAAAGGUCUCGUCAGGACGAAAGAUAGUUGCGUAUUAUUACAGAUUUCGCACAUGCUUCGCGAUGUAUUGCACUCUGUGGAAAAAUUUGCUGUUUCGUAAACGGAAAAUAAGCACAAAAAACUGCGUUUCACUCACUGCGUGUUAAAAAUAUUAUUAGCUAAUUAUUUGGACUUUUUUGCUUUGCAAAUGUAAACACACUAAGUGAUAAAUUGCCGUAAACUUCGUGCCGCAAAAGAAGUGCAGUCGUACAACUGUUAAAUCAUUACUGCAACGGUGCUGAAACUUUUAAAACACGCGCUUCAAUUCAAGUACAUUGUGUAAUGAAUUUAAGAUAAUUUUCCAAGUUCAAUGUGUCUCGGAAGCGAGUACUAUUGAGUCCACGAAUCUGUAACGGCAAUUGAAAGAGGAACAAAAGAAAGACAACGCGAGAAACGCGUGAGUGAUAGCGUUCGUUUUCAAGAGGGCUACUGAAGACAACGGUAGUUUGAACGACUGCCGACAGUCUGAGCGCUCAAGGUCGCGACCGGAGGCUAUCAGCGGCGAGGGGCGCUGUCUACUGCGUGGCUGGCGAGGGAUUGUGUGAGCUACGUAAAGAAUACCUCAAAAUGUGAAGAGCGAAACCCUCAUAAGAUUACAUAGCUUUGAAGGCGAAACGAAACAUCGAAAUGACCUCCACGGAUUUGACACCAGGGCAAAAAUUUGCCCUCCCGGAAGACCAAAAGGAGUGGUACAUACGCCCUAAGAAUGCUGGGAGAUGGUCGGGCAGAAUUUUCAAGGGUCGCUUUAGAACUCGGGACACGAACUGGAAAUCUACUAUGUUGUUAAGCAAUGAACCCAUUACAACAGACCUUCCAAAUACGUCUAAGGAUUUACUAACCGAGAAUAACCUGGAGUAUGCAAGGGAUGCAGUGCUUCAGGGAUGUAUUUCUACCAGAGGAACCACAGCAUCGGACGACGAUGAAUUUGAAGACGAAGAAUUGGAAACAAGCCUUUUCAAAAGAAAGUCUUCUGCGAAGGCGAAGACUUUGUCUGCAAGGCUACUGCGAAAUAUUGACAGGAAGUCUGCCAACAGCCGCAAAUAUUCCGAGAAAAAAGUUCACCUGGACGAUGACAACGAGGUUUUCGACCCGGAAAAGUUUCGGCUUAUCCCCAUGUACGUCUUCGUGGCUCGACGCCUGGACCCUAACCUGUUUUCCAGAAUCAUUUACUUUUUCUUCGAGAGGAAAAGAUGGCCUCUGUGCUCGGAACUGCCACACCAAGUGAACAGGUUUUGCCGGCUAUGGGGCAUCGCGGGCGAAUUCAAGGACAUGCCAGCCUUCGCUCCCGAAUGGGUCUUUCACCUGCAGCUGAUGAACAACAGUUCAUUUUGGAGCGUUAUCCGCUACUUCUUCCGGUUCAGCAAGUUCCCUUCGUGGGAUAUCAUUCCGUCACUGUACACGGACUGGUUCGAGAAACUGGAACUGGGCGAGUUCGAGUACCCGUCAAUCACGAAAUUCGACAAGAUUCCUGAAGACGUGAAGAAACGUUACAAGAUUCUCAUGGAAUGGCGACUCAAGCUGACGGAGAUGCAGUUUCCGAAGGGGAAAGAUCACUUCGCUAUGGAGAUUUCUUCAAAGAACACAGAAGGUGCAGAAGAUCCACUUGAAUAUCGCAUUGCAAACAAGAGACAAAAAAGAAAAUGCGUUUUGAACUCCUCCAAAGAAGCAUUGAAGACUGAAAAUACUCUAAGGUACGGUAUGGCGGUGGCUUACGGCCACAUUAACCCGCUGUUCCCGUACAUCAGCGACAUGGGAUCCACGGCCCCCGAGAGCUGCCUGUUUUCCAUGGGCCUCAGCACCGCCACGAUCUUCCUGGUGUGGAUGCUGUACGUGCGCCACGUGCAGACGCAGUCGGCGCUGCGCGAGGAGAGGGCGCGGGCGGAGGCGGAGGCGCAGGCGGAGACGGGGGGCGGCGGCGGCAGCAGCAGCGGGCGCCUGCGGCGCUGGCGCCGGGGCGAACUGUGCGGUCUCGUGGCGGCCCUCAGCGCCCCCACCAUGUGCGUCGGCAUCCUCAUGGUGGCAAACUUCCAGAAGACGCACUGCAAUCUGUCGCAUCUGGUCGGCGCCUUCCUGUACAUCGGAGCCGGCGCCGUCUACGCCUGCUGCCAGGUGGAACUAGGAAAGGACGCCAUGAAAUGGAAACAGAACGACGGCGGUUUCGAGUACCACGUUGUGGCCGUUGUGGGCCAGUGGCUGAUUGUGUUGUGCCACUCGUGCUUCGUUGGAACCUUCUGCUGCGACUUGAAAGGACGAACUUUGAUACCGCCCGUUAUAAAAGACCUGAACCCUCCGCCGCCGCAGCCGCUGCCGCCACCGUCGCCAGCGUCGUCGGCGCCGACGCCACGUGUGGGGCUGACGUCGUCGGCUCCGCAGACUGGGCCGUCGCCAUCAGCGGCGUCGCCACGAGCGCGGCAGCAGCCCCAGUCGUCGACAGCCCGGGCACCGUGAACCCCUCGUGCUACCUGCCUCCGGAGCACACGACCAACUCCUUUGCUACACGGCUGGGCCCGGCUGCACACGUGCCGUUGCGAAACCUACGUAAACUUGUGGAAAUAAAAACGUGCCGGGUUGAGCUUGAUUGAUUGAUUGAUUGAUUGAUUGGUUGUUUUCGUAGACGUGAACCGCUACGCUUCUUAGUCCAGUUAGUGUGGUGAAUGUUUUAUUGCGGGCGUCGUUCUAUCCCUUUGAUGGCGAGAUCUGGCGCCGACCUACCGUCAGCUAAAAAGGUUUCCGAAGUACCUCCCUCCAGCGAGCCUCCAGUCAAAAUAUGACAUGCUCUCAGUUCCCGACCGGUCUCCCGGCAGGUGCGGUAGUGGAGUGCAUAUUAGUGUAAGCGUGCGUGUAAAUGAGUGGGAGAAUAGGAGAAGGAAGGGAAAGGAAAGAUAGCACGCGGUCCGUGGCCCGUUUGUUAGGGUACUACUCUGGCAUUCGCCUGAUGUUGACCACGGAAACAUCCGAUUAGAGUAGUCUGACGUUAGAAUUCUCCCCCAGAGAGUGACUGAAUUCGACCAAGCUGA